GGUCGUUGGAUCCAAAGCAGCAGCAAGCAAAAAGCCCACCUCCAGACGACACAUCUUCUUCUUCUUACCUUGCCGAGGAGUAGAGAAGCGAGGCGAGGCAAAGAAGAAGAUGUCCAAGGUGUACACCCUCGAGGAGGUCGCCAAGCACAACAACAAGGACGACUGCUGGCUCGUCAUCAGCGGCAAGGUGUACAAUGUGACCAAGUUCCUGGAGGAUCACCCUGGUGGUGACGACGUUCUGCUGUCUUCAACUGCCAAGGAUGCUACUGACGAUUUCGAAGAUGUGGGGCACAGCACCACUGCUCGUGCAAUGAUGGACGAGUACUUAGUCGGUGAAAUUGAUGCAACAACAAUACCCACCAAGGUGAAGUACACGGCCCCCAAACAACCACACUACAACCAGGAUAAGACCCCCGAGUUCCUCAUCAAGAUCCUCCAGUUUUUGGUCCCCUUGGCAAUAUUGGGCUUGGCCGUUGCUAUAAGGAUCUACACCAAGUCGGAAUCCGCUUGAGUAUUGUUGUGAGUCCUUCAAAGAUCACGAACUGAAUAAGUUAGCGAGGAUUGCAUAUCUUGUACGAGCAUGACCUGUCAUGAAUUCAGAAACUUCAGUCUUUGUGGUCGUAUGGUUCCGUGAGACGUCUUGUGGUAAAAUGAUACUCAAAUUUAAUGGAUGGGUAUUCAGUUCUGUUUUCCA